AUGGUAACCACAGAGACGAGCACAGCCCUGGAAUCAGAAGAGCACUCUACACAACAAUCUCGAAACAGUCUGCUAGGAAAAUGCAAAAGCGAUCAAGAAACAAUAGAAGAUGGCUUGGUGGUCAGUUCUAUCAAGCAAUUGGUUGGUCGAAAAUGGAAAAAGACUCGCUACAGACCAAUCAAGAACAUUCGUCGUUUCCAAGGAUCGAGCACAAAUAAUAAACAGAAAAAGACUAGAAAGAUUGAACAAAUCUCGCCAAAACGCGAGGAGCUCGAUGAGAAAACGGUAGAUGGCUUCAUCCCUGAUAACGUAUUCUAUCGACCAACCAGCAAUUCCAUGUAUAUUCCCACUAUCACAGCUGACAUGAUUCAGGAUGAAGGCAGCCACCUAACAGUUCAAACAUAUUCAGAAGAAUAUUUCAAAUAUGCAAGAAUUCGACAGACAACUAAAAAUGAUCAUGCUGAUCCUGCUAAAGUCGUCCAGAUCAUUUCAGCUGUUCGAAAAAGACCUGUUAUCUGGGAUCAACGUCUAACGAGCCAUCAGAAUCUGGCUCUCAUUAGACGUGCUUGGAUACAAUUGGAUAAUGAACUGGGCAUUGAUGAAGAGUAUCCAUUGGCGAGACGUAAACAAAUCUGGAAGAGUAAGAAGGAUUAUUACUCCUAUGCGAUUAACACAGAUUCUCUCGGCAGAUGGACAUUCGCACAUGUCAUGGAAUUUUACGAACCGAUGGUCAACUUUCGCGCCAAGGUUUGCCUUCGUCCAACAGUUUUGGGUGAGCCACCAGUAGAGCUGCAAGAUAAACUGAUUCUAGCCGGCAAAUGCAUACAGUGUACUCCAUUCGAUAAGUCUAAUGUUCUGACAUUUGUUUUGAAGUCACUCUAUGACGUUGGAAUGGCUGAUGCAGUAAUGAUGGAAAAACAUGGAAAGGCAAUUCUGGACAUUUUUGAAAGAGGUCAAGCAGCUGUGAAAAUUUUGGAUUGA